CCACAUCCAAUGGGCAGUGGCGCCGGCUUUCCCGCGGCUGUUCGUUAUUCAAGUGGGUCGUGGCGGUGGUUGAGUAACGGUCGCCCGGCUCCGGCUCGACGAUGGCGACCUUGGGGCCCGGAGGCUACGCGCGGAACGAUGCAGUCGAGAAGCUGCCAUCCGUCAUGGCGGGGGUUCCAGCGCGGAGGGGCCAGUCCUCCCCGCCCCCCGCUCCAGCGCUCUGCCUCCGGCGACGGACCCGACUCCCCACGGCGCCAGAGGAUACGGUGCAGAACCGGGUGUCACUGGAGAAGGUGCUCGGCAUCACAGCCCAGAACAGCAGCGGCUUAACCUGUGACCCCAACACAGGCCAUGUGGCCUACCUAGCAGGCUGUGUGGUCGUGAUCUUGGAUCCCAAGGAAAACAAGCAACAGCACAUUUUUAACACUGCCAGGAAGUCUCUGAGCGCUCUGGCCUUCUCCCCUGAUGGGAAGUACAUAGUGACGGGGGAGAAUGGACACAGGCCUGCUGUACGCAUCUGGGACGUGGAUGAGAAAAGUCAGGUGGCGGAGAUGUUGGGCCACAAGUACGGCGUGGCCUGUGUGGCCUUUUCCCCCAAUAUGAAGCACAUCGUUUCCAUGGGCUACCAGCACGACAUGGUACUCAAUGUCUGGGACUGGAAGAAAGAUGUUGUGGUGGCCUCCAACAAGGUAUCAUGCAGAGUCAUCGCCCUCUCUUUCUCAGAGGACAGCAGCUAUUUUGUCACAGUUGGAAACCGGCACGUGAGGUUCUGGUUCUUGGAAGUCUCUACUGAAACAAAGGUGACAGGCACGGUGCCCCUCAUAGGGCGCUCAGGCAUCCUGGGUGAGCUGCACAACAAUGUCUUCUGUGGCGUGGCUUGUGGCCGGGGCCAGAUUGCAGGCAAUACCUUCUGUGUGUCCUACUCGGGCCUCCUCUGCCAGUUCAACGAGAAGAGGGUGCUGGAGAAGUGGAUCAACCUGAAGGUCUCCCUGUCUUCUUGCCUCUGUGUCAGCCAGGAGCUCAUCUUCUGUGGCUGCACAGAUGGGAUAGUUCGCAUCUUCCAGGCCCACAACCUGCAUUACCUUGCCAACCUGCCCAGGCCACACUACCUUGGUGUGGAUGUGGCCCAGGGCUUGGAGCCCAGCUUCCUCUUCUGCAGGAAGACAGAAGCAGUCUACCCCGAUACAGUGGCGCUGACCUUCGACCCCAUCCACCAGUGGCUGUCCUGUGUGUAUAGGGACCACAGCGUCUAUAUCUGGGAUGUCAAAGACAUCAACAAAGUAGGCAAGAUGUGGUCAGAGCUCUUCCACAGCUCCUACGUCUGGAACGUAGAGGUAUAUCCUGAGUUUGAAGAUCAGAGAGCUUGUCUGCCAUCAGGAUCUUUUCUGACUUGUUCUUCAGACAACACAAUCCGCUUCUGGAACAUGGAUAGCAGCCCUGACUCUCCCUGGCAGAAAAACAUCUUCAGUAAUACCCUACUGAAGGUAGUGUAUGUAGAGAAUGAUAUCCAGCACCUGCAGGACAUGUCACACCUCCCAGACCGGGGGAGUGAGAAUGGGACACCUAUGGAUGUGAAAGCUGGGGUACGAGUCAUGCAGGUCAGUCCUGAUGGCCAGCACUUGGCUUCAGGCGACCGAAGUGGAAAUCUGAGGAUCCAUGAGCUGCACUUCAUGGAUGAGGUGGUCAAGAUGGAGGCCCACGAUGCUGAGGUGCUAUGCCUGGAGUACUCCAAGCCUGAGACAGGGCUGACCUUGCUGGCCUCAGCCAGUCGAGACCGACUGAUCCAUGUGCUGAACGUGGAGAAGAACUACAACCUGGAGCAGACCUUGGAUGACCACUCCUCCUCCAUCACGGCCAUCAAGUUUGCGGGCAACAGAGACAUCCAGAUGAUCAGCUGUGGGGCCGACAAGAGCAUCUAUUUCCGCAGUGCCCAGCGGGCCUCAGAUGGGCUCCACUUUGUUCGUACCCACCAUGUGGCAGAGAAGACCACCUUGUAUGACAUGGACAUUGACAUCACCCAGAAGUACGUGGCUGUGGCCUGUCAGGACCGCAAUGUGAGAGUCUACAACACCGUGAAUGGGAAGCAGAAGAAAUGCUACAAGGGCUCCCAGGGUGACGAAGGGUCCCUGCUGAAGGUCCACGUGGACCCCUCGGGCACCUUCCUGGCCACAAGCUGCUCUGACAAAAGCAUCUCGGUGAUUGACUUUUACUCUGGCGAGUGCAUCGCCAAGAUGUUUGGCCAUUCUGAAAUCGUCACUGGCAUGAAGUUCACCUAUGAUUGUCGUCACUUGAUCACAGUAUCUGGAGACAGCUGUGUGUUCAUCUGGCACCUGGGCCCGGAGAUCACCAACUGCAUGAAGCAGCACUUGCUGGAAAUCAACCAUCGGGAGCAGCAGCAGCAGAAUACCAAAGACGGGAAGUGGAGCAGCCACCCCAGACAGGAGACAUAUGCAUCCAUGCCCAGUGAGAUUUGUUCCCUAAGCCCUGGAGAGCAGACAGAAGAUGAGUUGGAGGAAGAGUGUGAACCUGAAGAGUCGCUGAAGACACCAUCCAAAGAGAGCUUAGAUCCAGAUCCUCGAUGCCUGCUGACCAAUGGCAAGCUGCCACUGUGGGCAAAGCGGCUGCUAGGAGACGACGAUGUGGCAGAUGGCUCAGCCUUCUAUGCCAAACGCAGCUACCAGCCCCAUGGCCGCUGGGCAGAGCGGGCCAACCAGGAGCCCCUCAAGACCAUCCUGGAUGCCCGCAGCCUGCAUUGCUACUUUACCCCCAUGAAGGCUGACAGCCUGGAGGACUCUGUUAUAGAUACAGUGGAGCCGCAAAGCCUGGCAGGCCUGCUGAGUGAGUCAGAGAGUCCCCAGGAAGAUGGCCACAGGGAUCCCUCCUUCCUGCUGCCCCUACAGAGGGAGUCCUCUGAGGCCAGUGGGCUCAUCCUCUUCUCCUUGGAGGCAGAAGUGACAGCCCCAGGGAAAGACAGCAAGUACUUCGAGAAGGAGGUGGAGGGGGAGCCUGGAGACCAGCAAGGUGACUCCUACCUCAGAGUCUCCUCCAUCGGCUCGAAGGAUCAGAGCCCACCUGAGGAUUCAGGGGAGUCAGAGGUCGACCUGGAGUGCAGCUUCACUACUAUCCAUUCCUCCCCUCCACAGCUGGAACUAAAUGCUCAGUUUGACAUGACAUUGACCCCCACACCAGAACGCCCAGGAACCGCAGAGGAGUUGACCAGGCCUGAGGUGCCAGGCAUAUCUAAUGGCUCCCUGCCCCAGACCCCUGAGCAAGAGAAGUUCCUCCGCCAUCACUUUGAGACACUUACUGAUGCCCACCCUGAGGAGUUCUUCCACAGAUCCCUAAGAGAUGUGAAGGCCUCUGAGGAUGAGGACUUCUUUAAUCCACGGCUGAGCAUUUCAGCUCAGUUCCUCUCACGCCUCCAGAAGACAUCCAGGCUCACCCACACCUUCCCUCCUCGGCUGCCCCUGCACCUUGUGAAGUCCCCAGAGGUCAGACUCACAGACCUCGGGGGGAGCCAGCCCAGAGCGGAUCCCCUGAGAGCAGGUACUGGCUGCACCUCCCCAGGCAGGACCAAUGUCCUCUCUGGGGGGAAGGCUCAGGAGUCCCUUGACACCCCGGAGGCCUGGUGCCCACUGACUCCCUGCCUCACAGGCCUGGUGUCCUAUGUCCCCUCCUCUUCAGUUCUGCCCACAGACAGGAAGCCUUCGACACCCCCAGCUCUACCCACACCAGUUCUGGCUCCGAGUGUCCUCUCGCCCUCCACCUGCUCCUACAUGGAGCCCACUGCAAGCUCCCGUGCCAAGGUGUCACGCAGCAUCUCCCUUGAGAACAACGAAGAUCCCGUCCUGGCUGAGCUAACCAGGCCCGUCCACAGGCCGUCAUCCAUAGGGGACCUGGCGUCUCUGGGCCAGGAGCUCCAGGCCAUCACCACUACGGCAGCACCUGACAGUGAGGGCCAUGAGCCUGCCCUGCCCUCCCGGGGCAACCACGAGGCACGGACCAGCCUCAGACUGACCCUGUCAAGUGUCUAUGACAGGCUUUUGCUGCCCCCACCCCCACUGGAGCCAUCCAGUACUUGUGUCUGGUCCCAGGAACCUGUGGCCACCCAGCCUAAUGUUAUGGUCACAACAGCUAACUUCCCGGCUCCCAGUCCCGUGGAUGUGAGUUCUCUGAGGCUCCACAGCUCCACCUGUCUCCCAAGGCUCCUGGUCCCUGAGCCCCUCAACACCCAUCCCAGCAGCCCCCCACUUCCAGAGGCCAGGCCUGGGGUUUCUGGCAACAUCACUACCCUCUUGGAGCUCACUCCAGAUGCGCUCAGUCUGGUCCGGGACAACCCUGGACACUGGAGGGAGUCCAGGGUACCAGCCAGGGUCCUGUCCUCAGCUUCCCUUGAGCUGAGCAGUGUGAGGACCAUCGUGUACAGGCUGCAGACUGCCUUCCAAGAAGCCCUGGACCUUUACCACCUGAUGGUCUCCAGGGACCAGAUGAGCACCGAGCAGCGGCAGGCACAGACUGAGUUGGCCUCCACCUUCCUUUGGAUCCACAGCCAGUUAGAAGCCAACGACUGGCUGGUUGGGACCAAUGUGGCCCCAACCCAGGCCCUGCCCAGCCCAGGUCCCCCCUCCCCACCUACACUGUGCCCCCUGGCCAGCCCCGAUUUGCGUGCCCUGCUGGAACACUACUCAGAGCUGCUGGUGCAAGCUGUGCGGAGGAAGGCACGAGGAUACUGAGGGCCAGCAGCUCUGCUGUUUUCUGAUAAAGUAGAUAUUUUAAGCAAAUAAACUGACAACUUAGAA